UGUACGCGCAGGCUGUAGUGAACGUGUUGUGGAGCUGGUUGACCUGUUUGCACGUCUAACAGCCGCACAAGCAGAGGAAUUUUCACAAUUUGUAAUCAUGAAUGGCUUUAAAUUCAUGCUCACGUUAGGCAGUUACAGCCGCAGAAUCAUUCGGAUUAAUGCUCAGACAGUGAUUCCCAAGAGAAAUCUUUUCAACAAAUCAAGACAGUCCUUGUUCAAGUGUGAAAAUGUCAAACUUGUUCGACAAUCCAAUUCUACUGCUGCGCAAGCAGAAAAAGGUGAAGACUCCUUACUGAAAUGGCUACUGCUGCUGAUUCCUGUGACCACGUUUGGCCUUGGAACAUGGCAGGUGAAGCGCAGACAAUGGAAGUUGAAGUUGAUCCAAGAGCUCCAGAAUUUAACAACUGCAGAUCCAGUUCCACUGCCUACAGAUCCUUUGGAGCUGAAGGAUCUGGAGUACAGGCGUGUGAAGGUGCGUGGGCGGUUUGAUCACUCUCAGGAGCUGUACAUCCUGCCCCGCUCUCCAGUAGAUCCUGAGAGAGAGGCUCGCGAGGCAGGGAGGCUGUCCUCCAGUGUAGAGAGUGGAGCUAAUGUCAUCACUCCAUUCUACUGUACUGAUCUGGGAAUCACAAUCUUGGUGAACAGAGGUUACGUCCCCAAAAACAAAAUUCGACCAGAAACCCGGAUGAAGGGUCAGGUAACACAAAACAUGGACCUGGUGGGCAUAGUGCGUUUGACGGAGCAGCGGAAACCAUUUGUCCCUCAGAACAAUGUGGAGGCAAACAGGUGGCACUAUCGGGAUUUGGAGGCCAUGGCAAAGGCUACUGGUGCUGAGGAGAUCUUCGUUGAUGCUGUGAUUGAGAGCACAAUACCAGGCGGACCAAUAGGAGGCCAGACAAGAGUAACCCUACGGAAUGAACACAUGCAGUAUAUCGUUACAUGGUAUGGACUAUGUACAGCUACAUCAUACAUGUGGUAUGCAAAGUUCAUCAAACGCAUUGGUGUAUGAAAGCAACUGAAAAGUUCUGUAUAAAUUGUUAUUCCACUGACUCUGUAUCAGUAAUUAUGUAUACACAUGUACUACACAUUGCACAUGCAAAAGGUGAGGAAAACCUUGCAUAUGUAUCUGCAAUACCCAUGUCAAGAGCUGGCUCUAGACUUGUGUACAUUUGUAUACUAAGCCCUACUUUAUGAUUAGCUCCCCCUACAAAAAAAAUGGCAACAUAACUGUACAGCAGCAUGUAAGUCAAUGAAACUAUUUAGCCUCAACUAGUCAUUAGUUGCUCAAUUCUCACUAGAUUGGUGCUAGAUUAUUUGACUGGAUGAGUUUUUGCCCCCAAGACUCCAUAAAAAUGAAUGCAGUAUACACCAUGUGCAGAACAAUGAAUUAAAACUACAAAAUAAAAGAGGCAAAAUGCUUUAA